AUGGAGGAGGCGCUGCUCUCCACCCCCAUCAACCCCAACAACUUCCCCGCCAAGCUGUGGCGGUUGGUGAACAGUCCCCGGUACCGCUCGAUCCGCUGGGACGGCCGUGGCGAGGGGCUGCUCAUCGACCAGCCGCUCUUCGAGGCCGAGCUGCUCAGCCCGCCCGGGGCGGGGGCCGGGGGCGGUGGCGGCGGCGGCGGCAGCGGCGGUGUGGGGGGCAACGGGGCCGAGCCCGAGCUCUUCAAAACCACCAACUUCACCAGCUUCAUCCGCCAGCUCAACCUCUACGGCUUCCGCAAGGUGGUGCUGGGCGGGCCGGGCGCGGCGGGGCCCGGGUCGGGGCCGGGGGGCGGCGGACCGGCGGGCGACGGGCCGCUCCACCACUUCCACAGCCCACACUUCCGCCGCGACCAGCCGCAGCUGCUGGUGCACCUCAAGAGGCUCACCAGCGCCAACAAGGCCAAGCUGGCCGCCGGCCUGGAGGUGCCCUGCCGGCCGCCCAACCGCUUCCAGAGGCUCCUCAUUACGUCGGCCUCCGCCUCGGCCUCGGCCUCGGCCUCGGCCUCCACCUCCCCGCUGCAGCACCAAGAGCCGCCGCCACCCGCGGGGCCCCGGCCCGAGCCGCAUGGACCAGUGGCUGUAGGACAAUUCCACCGGUCAUUCCGGCGAGAUAGUUUGUCUCCUUACUCCUACGUAUCAACUUCAUCCCACAACCAUAGUACUUUCCCUCUGAAAGGUUUAGAUCGGACCCCGAUUCCUCCUAGAACAUGGCAGAACUCCCUUGGAAUGCAUCCAGGACAAGUGGAAACGUCUCCCACUUUUUCAGAUAAAGGGGUUCCAUUUCCUGUACUGCAGAGGUUUCCGACUGAGGUUACCUAUACCUUGCAGCCAAGCGCCACAUCUGUACACGUUCAGCAAGGUCCUCAAACAAUGGUCAGCUCCUCCCAAAAAUACAGUAACUACACACCCUCAGCGCAGUACUCCCAAGCCUACUAUCCAACAGCUGUACUACAGUGCUGCUCUCCUUCUACUCACAUGGACGCUCUAAGUAGUUGUGUGACUCCCACUGCCUCUUCCUAUGCACACUGCAACUACUUCCAGAAUCCUCCAAUGCAAUCCUCCUAUCCAGUUGAAUUUCUGCCUUCUAAUUGGCCUUGCAGUACAACUGAUGAAAAUAAAAAGACAGAAGUUAACCUAGAGGCUGUUUUUCAGAUAGUAGAUGAGUUGCAUUCCUCCCCUAAAUUGGAGAUGGUGAAGGUGGAGCCUGUUGAGAAUCAGUGCCCAACAUCUCAGUCUAACAGAGGCCAGCAUAUCGUAGCUAAUUCAAACAACAGCAAUCCAUCUUCCACAAGUCAGGCUAGCCAGCUGGAGCCACUUACUCCUGUAGGCUCAGACAUUACAUCUUUUGUAGUCGGAACAGAACAAGCAAUUACCUGCUCUCUACCACAGUCACCUGAGUACAUCUAUACCAUCCACACAGCUCAGCCUGUUGAAAAUACUACAAUGCAGGAAUCUGCAGCCAUCCAACAAGCUCAUGUCAAACUGAAGGAGCAGCUAAGUCAUAAUCCAUCUCCAUCUUCAGUAGUAUUUGUGCAAGAAGGGCUACCAUUCAGCACACACCAGGUGGAUGCCAGUAUAAAAUGCCAGGCCAAUCCACCUGAGAAUAUCUUGCCUUCAGAACAGAUGGGAUUCCUCAUUUCAGAAAUGGGCCCUGCUAGCAAGCCUAGUAAAGACACAGGUUUAUCCACUCCAGCCAGAUACAGAGAGCGAAGAAGCAACUCGCAGCAAGGAAAGUCCCCUGAUCUUCAUCUGCUGGUGGACGUGGCCUGCAAACAGGAGCACUUUCCAAAGGAGGAAGAAUUAAAAGAGUGAGGAAUGGAGGACAUACGUGACAUUGUGCACUAGCUGUAGCUGAGGGCAGACUAGCCUUGCACA